AUGCCCUCCCCUCUCUUCCUCUCCAGAAACCCUAAUCCUAGCCCCGGCACCACUAACCCCCACCUCUCGUCGCCCCCCGCGUCGGCCGCAAUGAGCACCACCGGAGUCUACGUGCCGCCGAUGCGGCGGCUCCGCUCCGUUAUCGCGUCCACCAACGGGAGCCUCGCGCCACCACCGUCCGCCGCGGCGCAGGCACAGCAGGCGGCGCGGUCGCCGGAGUGGCUGGUGGACGGGCGUUUGCUCAGCCCCCCCUCGCCGCCUCAGCCACGGCGGCGCGAUAUACCUCCCUUGCCGCGGCCACCCCAGCCAGAGCAUUUCCGGCAGCAGAGCGUUGGGUAUGCCCGCUAUGCCUACGAUGAUUUCUCUGAGGAUGACUCAGAUAAGGACAUUGACCGCACGUCAGUUUCGAGCAAGGCUGCAUCCACUUUAGAUAAUGUUGAUGAGUGGAAAUGGAAACUGCACAUGCUACUUCGUAAUGAUGAUGAACAAGAGAUUAUCUCAAGGGAAAGAAAGGAUAGGCGAGAUUUUGAACAACUUGCCCAACUGGCUGACAGAAUGCGUUUGCACAGCCGUCAGUAUUCUAAAGUUGUUGUGUUCAGUAAGGUUCCAUUGCCUAAUUAUAGAUCAGAUCUUGAUGACAAAAGACCCCAAAGAGAGGUAUCUAUACCUGCUGGUUUGCAAAGAGAAGUUGAUGCUCUGCUUGCAGAUUAUGUUGCACGGAAGAGAACAAACAUCGGGAACUUCCCUAGUUCAGCCUUCUCACGGUCAAGCAGCACAGACAGUUUUGCAACUGAUGAAGGCUUCUUUGAUCAGCAAGAUAAGCAAACUUCCACUAGUGCUGUGAUGGACAGAAUCCAACGAAGGAAAAGCCUGCAGUUGCGGAAUCAGCAGGCUGCUUGGCAGGAAUCAAAUGAUGGUCAAAGCAUGAUGGAGUUUCGUCGCAGUCUUCCUGCUUAUAAAGAGAAGCAAACUUUAUUGGAAGCUAUAUCACAGAAUCAGGUCAUUGUAGUUUCAGGUGAGACUGGCUGCGGUAAGACGACACAACUACCGCAGUACAUUCUAGAAUCUGAAAUCGAUGCUGCUCGUGGUGCUACGUGCAGUAUUAUUUGCACUCAACCGAGACGAAUAUCAGCAAUUUCUGUGUCCGAAAGAGUUGCUGCUGAAAGAGGCGAGAAAAUUGGUGAAUCGGUUGGCUACAAAGUUCGACUGGAAGGCAUGAGAGGAAGGGAUACACGCCUUCUUUUCUGCACCACUGGAGUCCUGUUGCGGAGAUUGUUGGUGGACAGAAAUUUGAAAGGUGUUACCCAUGUUAUCGUUGAUGAAAUCCAUGAGAGGGGCAUGAAUGAAGAUUUUCUUCUUAUUGUCUUAAAGGAUCUUCUUCCACGUCGUCCUGAGCUGAGACUUAUAUUGAUGAGUGCAACCCUUAACGCUGAGCUAUUCUCUUCAUACUUUGGUGGAGCACCCAUGAUACACAUACCUGGUUUUACUUAUCCUGUUCGGAGUCGUUUUCUGGAAGAUAUUCUUGAAAUUACUGGGCACCGGUUAACUCCUUACAAUCAAAUUGAUGACUAUGGCCAAGAAAAAAGUUGGAAGAUGCAAAAGCAAGCUCUACGAAAGCGGAAGAGCCAAAUCGCUUCUGUUGUGGAAGAUGCAGUUGAAGCUGCUGAUUUGAGAGACUAUAGUUCGCGAACUCGCGAUUCUCUAUCCUGUUGGAAUCCUGAUUCAAUUGGUUUUAAUUUAAUAGAAAGUGUCUUAUGCCAUAUUUGUCAAAAGGAACAAUCAGGUGCAAUACUUGUAUUUAUGACUGGGUGGGAUGACAUUAAUUCAUUAAAAGAGCAGCUGCAAGCAAAUCCACUGCUUGGAGAUCCAAGCAAAGUUUUGUUGCUCGCUUGUCAUGGUUCUAUGGCCAGUUCAGAGCAGAAAUUAAUAUUUGAUAGGCCUGAGCCUGGAGUAAGGAAAAUAGUUCUUGCCACGAAUUUGGCUGAAACUAGUAUUACUAUCAACGAUGUAGUUUUUGUUGUUGACUGUGGCAAGGCAAAAGAGACGUCUUACGAUGCACUGAAUAAUACUCCCUGUUUGCUUCCAACCUGGAUCUCCAAGGCUUCUGCCAGACAAAGACGAGGACGAGCUGGUCGAGUCCAACCAGGGGAGUGCUACCAUCUUUAUCCACGAUCUGUAUAUGAUGCAUUUGCUGACUACCAGUUACCAGAACUUCUGAGAACCCCUCUCCAAUCCCUCUGUUUGCAAAUAAAAAGCUUGAGGCUAGGAAGUAUAUCAGAAUUUUUAUCCAGAGCUUUACAAUCACCUGAAUCUCUAUCAGUACAAAAUGCCAUUGAAUAUCUCAAAGUCAUUGGAGCUUUUGAUCAGAAUGAAGAGUUGACGGUUCUUGGAAAGCACUUGUCUACGCUUCCAGUUGAACCUAAGUUAGGAAAGAUGCUUAUUUUUGGGGCUAUUUUUAAUUGUCUGGACCCCAUAUUAACCAUAGUUUCUGGACUUAGUGUUAGAGAUCCUUUUUUGACCCCCUUCGAUAAGAAAGAUCUUGCAGAGUCAGCUAAAUUGCAGUUUUCAUGUCGGGACUACAGUGAUCAUCUUGCACUUGUUCGUGCAUAUGAAGGAUGGAGGGAGGCUGAAAGAGACCGUGCUGGUUAUGACUACUGCUGGAAAAAUUUUCUUUCGGUACAAACAUUGAAAGCAAUAGAUUCUCUUCGGCGUCAGUUUCUCUUUCUUCUGAAGGAUACUGGUUUGGUUGAUGAAAACAUGACUGUGUGCAAUAAAUGGAGCCGUGAUGAAAAUCUAGUUCGGGCAGUAAUUUGUGCAGGACUAUAUCCAGGUGUUUCCUCUGUUGUGAACAAGGAGAAAUCCAUCUCCCUCAAGACAAUGGAGGAUGGACAGGUUAUGCUUUAUUCGAGUUCGGUUAAUGGUAAAGAAGCCAAGAUUCCAUUCCCCUGGCUAGUUUUCAAUGAGAAGGUGAAGGUGAAUUCUGUUUUCCUCCGGGAUUCAACUGCUAUAUCUGAUUCUAUAUUGUUGUUAUUCGGAGGCUGCAUAAAACAGGGGGGCUUGGAUGGACACUUAAAAAUGCUUGGAGGUUAUAUUGAGUUCUUCAUGAAUCGUGAUCUUGCUUCAACUUAUUUGAGUCUGAAGAGUGAACUUGAGAAUUUAAUCCAUUGCAAGCUCCAAAACCCAAGGAUGGAUAUCCAAACGAGUGAAGAGCUGCUAUCAGCCAUCCGUUUGCUGGUGACUGAGGACCCAUGCAGUGGGCGGUUUGUCUACGGCCGACAGGAGCCAAGAUCAAAGAAAGCAAAGACGAUGCUUUUGCCAUCCUCCAUGAGUGGCGGUGGUGGUAACGGAGGGGAUAAUGCCAAGAACCAGCUCCAGACUUUCCUGACCCGGGCCGGGCACAACAACCCUACCUACAAGACGAAGCAGAUCAAGAGCUCUCUCUUCAGGUCAACGGUUGAGUUCCAUGGCAUGCAGUUCGUGGGGCAGCCGUGUGCAAACAAGAAACUUGCGGAGAAGGAUGCUGCGCGCGAGGCACUGAACUGGCUCACAGGAGAUGGUGGUGGAGCGAUCACUGACUCUAGGGGGGCCCAGGACGCAGACCCCAUGUCCUUGCUGAUGCGACCACCACGCAGGCGACGGCAUAGCCAUCGUCGGAGGAGCUGA